GAAUAACAGAAAACCCAAUUCUCAAUCUUGUUCCUUUCUUUCCAUUCUCUCCUGGUCGAAGAUUCAUCCAUUGAUCGGGCCGGAGUGUUACAAUCAUUCGCUCGGUCACUCCCUCCGUGCCCAGUCCCUUCGUGACCUAGUUCGGUUUUGUACUUUCGUGGAUGCGAAUUACGUGUUUUGAAGCUUGAAAUCGGAGCCAUUUUCCUUUCGCGGCAGAGGAGGGAAGAAGAGAUAUGGCAGAUAAUGAAGAAUUACCAGAAGGGACAGUACGGAACAUACUGGAUCAAGAAACUCUCAAGUGGGUUUUCGUCGGAGGGAAAGGCGGAGUCGGGAAGACCACUUGCAGCUCCAUCAUCUCCAUUCUUCUGGCCAGCGUCAGAUCGUCGGUUUUGAUCAUAUCCACUGAUCCGGCCCACAAUCUCAGCGAUGCUUUCCAACAGCGCUUCACCAAGUCACCUUCGUUGGUCAAUGGCUUCACCAAUCUCUACGCUAUGGAGGUGGAUCCCAGUGUUGAGAAUGAAGAUGUGGGUGGCAACGAGGAGAUGGAUAGCUUGUUCUCUGAACUAGCCAACGCAAUCCCUGGUAUUGAUGAAGCCAUGAGCUUUGCAGAAAUGUUGAAGUUGGUUCAAACAAUGGAUUAUAGUGUUAUUGUGUUUGAUACAGCCCCAACUGGUCAUACUCUCCGGCUACUACAAUUUCCCUCGACAUUGGAGAAAGGUCUUCAGAAAAUGAUGUCCUUAAAACAUCGGUUUGGUGGAUUGUUGACCCAGGUGACUCGUAUGUUUGGUAUUGAUGGUGACUUCGGGGAAGACGCAAUUUUGGGGAGACUCGAGGGCAUGAAAGAUGUAAUUGAACAAGUGAACAGGCAGUUCAAAGACCCAGACAUGACCACAUUUGUGUGUGUCUGCAUUCCGGAGUUCCUCUCUCUCUAUGAAACAGAGAGAUUGGUCCAGGAACUUACCAAGUUUGAAAUCGACACGCAUAACAUUAUCAUCAACCAAGUGCUUUACAAUGAAGAUGACGUUGAGUCCAAAUUGCUAAAAGCAAGAAUGCGGAUGCAGCAGAAGUACCUCGAUCAGUUUUACAUGCUAUAUGAUGACUUCCACAUCACAAAGCUUCCAUUGUUGCCAGAGGAGGUCACUGGAGUCGAAGCUCUGAAGAACUUUUCACACCGAUUUCUGACACCGCAUCAACCUUCAGCUGGAAAUUUAACAGUGGAAGAGAUGGAAGAAAGGGUAUCCACUCUAAGGAAGAAAUUGGAAGACGCAGAGGCAGAUCUAGAGAAACUUAGGAAAGGUAAGCAAAAGGCCUAGUGAGUGAACCAAGGCAGAAGCCUUACUGUGUUCCUCCCACAUUUGGAUUAGAUGAUAGUUUGGGGUUUGUGUUACUUUUGAAAUCAUUGGUCCGACAUGACCAGAAACCGCUGAUGGUGGCAGGGUAAACCGGCGAUUAGAUUCAGUAAGCAGCUGUCAGCUGAGAAACACUCCUCGCUAUAGAGAUAGAGUUGCUUUAUCCUUAUUGUUUCUGGAGCGGAAUAUGAUAUAUUUUCAAUUAAGUACCUGAAAUUUUUCCGAUGUUUUGGUACCUUCAGUUAUAGAUUUUAAUUUCUCUCAAGUCUACUGUUAUCUCUAGAUCAAUCCAUUGGAUCUUGGCCAAGGUAGAGGAGGAUUGCUUUGGCAUAACCUGAGAUGAAAGAUGGGAAUUGCAGCUACGAGAAGAACGAUCAUGGCUCGCUGCAACUGAACCCCAAUCAGAGUAAUGACGGCAAAUACUCGAAUCGAUGACAUCCCGAAUUCAAACUUGUACAUUUGUUAAAAUACUAAUCUGGUUAAAAUUUUGAUACUCAAGUGG